AUGGCAUUAGCUAACAAACAGCUCAUCAAAAGGAAAGCAGAUUCCCUUUUUUCGCUUUUGUUGGACAAGCAAAAAAAAUUUCACCUACUCCACUCAUUUAAGCACCGAUAUAUUGAUCUUAUCACGGUUGAAUCUCUUCAAUUAAGACCUAAAUUCAAGCGGAUCACCACAAAACUUGAAGCAAUGAACGUGGAAUUAGACAAAUGGUGUCCUGAGAAAGUCCUAAAAGGAAAUGACAACAAUUACUUGGAUGACUUGGUCCUUGCUUAUGGAUCUAUAAGCAAUGGCUUAGAUGGAUUGAACCCGGACAAUGGCUUGGAUGGAUUGGGUUGGACCGUGAUAGCUCCUCCCCUUAAGACUCUCCUUGCCCACAAGGAAUUGACAUGUAAAAAACGGGACGAAUCUCACUUAGAGCGUUGUAAAUCUAAUUUAUAUGCUAUCGCCUCAAUUCGUGCCAUCGCCUUAAAAGGCCCAAAAACCGAGCUCUCAACUUUCAAGAAGAACGAGUCACAAUAA